CAUCAUAUCCAUGAAAUUAUUCAUGAUAGAUGGGAAGCCACUGGUCUGUAAUUUGACGGCUUGGAAUAAACUUACAUGCCGUCCAUGCCAACAAUACGACAUUCGAAUGAUAAACUUUUGUAGAAUCGGUCUUGUAAACAAAUCAGGAAUUCGCGAUGAUCUAUUAGCUAUUUUCCGUUACAUUUGUACGCAGCUUCCUUUUAGGAUGAGAGUUAAGCGGAGGGCAGGAGUUUGUCCCAUUCAGAGGUGAGCUUGGUGGGCGUGUCGUGUGUUGAAGGUCCAUUCCGUUAAAAAGAGGAUGUCCACGGUCUCCGCUUCCCAAAAAAAAAAAAAGCAAAGCAUCUCCUACAUGUCGGGGCUUGUUAAGCCCUCGGAGGGCGUGGCCACAGCAAGCUCCGACCCCGGCAGUAGUGAAAGCAGCAGAUCGCAACAAAACAAAACGAAUCGAGGGCGCCGACAGGCGAGACGCGUGUGUGCUGCGCAGCCCAAAGACAAAAAAAAAAAAAAAAAACAGCUAGCUACUCUGGCCACUGUGGGAACUUUUGUUUCCUUUCUUCUAAAUAAACAGAAGCGUAACACUCCGAUAGCGUGUCUUCAGCAAUUGGAGGAAGUGAAGUUUGUACAUUCGGAGGUUCGUGCAGUGAAGUGUGCGGUGGAAUUAAAUUGUCUGUGUAAUUUUAACCAGGAAACAGGCAGAGGAUUUUCGUUGUGAUAACCGAAGAGGCAGAAAUUAAAGGAAAAUCAGCUUCUCUCUGUGGUACACAAUUCAGCAUGAAAGAGUGCCUCUCAUGGCCCGAGCUCUGAAGGACAACUCUGGAAAAAGCAGAGGGAGCAGGAGGGACAAUAGAGUGGCCAGACGACUUCCCAACAACCCGGUAAACUGCAGCAGCAGAGGAAGUGUGAGCCUGGACAGUACGUACCAGCAAGAGACCAUUCCUAGAAACCCUGCAGAGGGAAUCUGGCCGAACUGCAGGCUAGAGGCCACCCGCCUGGCCAACUGGCAUCACCGGCAGAACCAAUUCCAGACAGGGCAGUGCCAAGUGGCACGGACAGACUUGUCCUUGCAGACAUUGGCUGAUCCUUUUGGGCAGGCAACGCAGAGAGCAGCCAUGCAGAAUCUUGUCCUUCCAAGAAUUCCAAUUGCCAGGAGACAUGGGCAGAACUACACUGAAGCUGGACUUCAGUUUCAACUGUGGAGCCAGUGGGGAAGCAGUCAAGCUGUGCCUCUUGCAAACGUGGAGCAUGACCAGCACCUUCCAGUGGCAACGCCUGUCGGGGAAAGGAGCACCUGGGAAGAAGAGGUGUCGAGCCGCGUGGCGGCACAACUGCGUGUCAUAGGGGAUGAAAUGAACGAGUUGUAUCUUCAGGGAUGGGUACGCAAUUUUUUUUGUUGGCAGCACUGGCCCGGGGGGUGGCGAGGACUCUUCAACUUCAUUGCAGAGAGACCUCUGACUGCAUUCCCACCUCCCAGGAUGGCGAUAAGACAGAAGAUGCCAGCAAAGGACCAAGGGACAGAGUGACCAGCUACUGCGGGGACAAUUUUCACAAUCCGCUGGUUCGGAUUUUUUUUUUUUUUAAUUGGAACUGUAGCAUAUUGAUAAUAAAUGCUAGUUUCUCCUGUGUUAAUUAUGAUCAUUGGCAUAUUUGCCAAUUUUUUGUUCUUUUUACUCAGCAAUUCUAAUGAUGGGCAAAAAAAAAAAAAGGACUCAAAUGAGUAAGUGUCCGAGGUAAGGGACCACAGCACACAGAAAUUCCAGUGGUGUGUUGGCCUAGUGACUUGUGAAAUUAGGUUAAGAAAAUCUUAUAAUGAGAUGGCAUUUGCAGGAUUGUUCUUAAAAAUAUUUGACCAUGCCAUCGCAUGGAUGACUUGAACCUUGGCAACAUGUACCAGGGUGGCAAAAUCUAGAAAGUGCUUACAGGAGAGACAUUCCUGAGGUUAAGCACAUUCAGGGAAAACAGCUGACCCAAAAUGCAAGUGACCUGACCUGACACGUCCACAUGCGCCCAGAAAGGAGGAUUGGUUCCCGAAUAGCAUUAAAGAGCUUGACCAGAGAUGAGAGAAGGCGUCCCAAACUGGCCUGUGGCCCUUGGUGUAAUGGAAAUGACAUUUAUCGGCUGACUACCGUGUUCAACCAGGGUGGCCAGUAUUGGAGACAUUUUUUUUUUUUUUUUUUUUGUACCAAAAAAGACUGGAAUUGAAAUUGAAAAAAAAAAAAUAUUUAUUAAAACUUUUUGUUUUCCUUUAAUUAUUGUAUAUAUUUAUGAACAGAAGUCAAGCUCACUAAAGAUUGAGUACAUUUAGUCUAUUUCCUAAUGUCCAUUAUAAAUUUGUUCCAUUUUGUCUACGGAGAAUGUGAAUACUGUUUCUAUAUCUUGAAAAAAUCUUUAAUAAAGAAUUUCUAAUUCAUUUCAAAAAUUGUAAAAUAAAUCCACCUCAAAGAUAAUGAGGUCAUUUUCAUCUUAAAUUGUGAUAAAAGAAAGAGAAACGAGGGAGACUCUGAUUUUUGAAUUAAUUGGAAUAAACCACAUUUAGUUUUAAAGAGAGAUUUCGCAGACUUCAAAAUAAUUUAUUUAAAAAAUGAAAACACAAGUAAGGAUUCUCUAAUUCAUAUUAUUUUUGUAAGUCGAGACUACUUAAAAAAAAAUGAGCGUAAAGAAUAUUUUAAGAUGUUCACGUGUAUAUAAAAAUGACAUGUGAGAUUUUAUUCAAAAUGCACUUAAAUGAUGCAAUGCUGUUCCUGUCCCAUAAAUGGGACAUUCAAGACCACUCUUCACUUCAGUGGUAAAACAACUUUUGCUCAAAAAAGGAAUCUAUUUAGUAAAAUGCCACAAAGUGUUUGUAGCUGAUGACUUUUGGUAGCCAUUAUUCUAAUUUAUUGCUCUAUGUUGCGAGUUAUGAGCCCUUCACUGCUUCAAAACGCAACCUGCCCCGUGUCAUGGCCAUUUCCAACAUGGAGCCGGUUGUUAUUGUUGUUGUUAUUAUUUCACAUGGGGGAAGAACUUUGGAUCUUAUUUACUUUGUAGCAAUUCAAACUGUCGUCAAGGAUGUACUGUGUAGAAACCGCUCCGCCAGCCAUCCCCGUCCCCCGAGGUCAAGGAAAAGUUACAGAAGGUCUGGAACUGGUGCUGAUCUAAAGCCGUUUGUAAAUACGCCGUCUGUGAGUCAAAUGUGUAUAUUUGCUGUUUGAUUUUUAUGUGAAUUUUGUACAUUUUUUUCAAUAAAGAGUGAAUCUGAGAUGCUUCUAA